UUUGAUUUCCCAGUGGAUCGGAAAAGCAAUUGUGCCGCCAGCUUUCAAUGAGUGAUGAAAGUGCAAAAUUAGGGAGUUGCUCUCUUCCGGGAGAGGUAAUUCUUGAAAUCCUCUUUCGCCUUCCUGUUAAGUCAUUGUUACGAUUCCAAACAGUUUCCAAGUCAUGGUAUGCUUUCCUCAUCACUCCUGAUUUCACUCACCUGCAUUUGCGUCACACUCAUGAAAUGCUCCUUAGAGUUAGCGAUAGAGGUCCUAGAGACACCCCUACUAUUUCUUUCUUCUCUCUUGAUCAUCACAAAACUACUACUGUUAAAGAGGAGAUUGAUGAGGUGUACAAAAUUGAAGACUUUAAUGAUAUUGCUGAUCUGUCUUCUUCUUCUGUUGUUGUUGUUGAUUUGCCAUUUCCGUGUAGUCCUGAUGAUGAGGUACGGGUUGUGGGUUCUUGUAAUGGAUUGUUAUGUGUUCAUUUCAAUAGGAGUUCUAACAUUAUCUUGUGGAAUCCUGCUACGAGAAAGUAUAGGUUUCUUGAAUCACCUGAUUGUGUCUCCUUUUAUUCUGACCCUUUUUUCCCUUAUAUAAUGCUUGGUUUUGUACCUGAGACUCAUGAUUACAAGGUUGUCAAGGUUCCAUCAUCUAGUAAGAAUAGUAACGCUAAGGUUUGGGUUUACUCGAUGAAUUCCGGUUCUUGGGAAGAGAUAGGAGCUGAUGUUCUUCAUGGUUUGCUACCCAAGGGCGGGUCUGCUGUUACUCUUAACGGGUGCUUGUAUUGGAUGUCGUAUAGUAAUGAUAAUGGACGGGAUAUAAUUACUUGUUUUGAUUUGUUUAAUCAAGUCUUUGGGAAAAUUACGCUGCCUAAUCCUGAUAUUGUCACUAACCUCACUUUCCAGAAGCUUGUGGUACUAAAGGGUUGUCUUUCUAUGAUAAUCUAUUUUGGGGAUGGUAUUAAUGCGAACCACUACGAGGUAUGGAUGAUGACUAAACAGCAAGGUGUAGCUGAGUCUUGGACUAAGCAAUUUGAUUUUUCGCCCUUCUCUAAGCUAGCACGACCCGUUGGAUCAUGGAGGGACAGUGAACUUCUUUUUGGCUACCCGAAUGGGUUGUCACUUGAACUCUUAUCAUACAAUCCUUUCACAAAAAGAACUCGGAGCUUUCAAAGGAGAAGUUUAGUGGGUAGGUUUAAAGUCAUUAAUUAUGUCGAAAGCCUAGAAUCUGUGGAGGGCAGUUAAGUAGACUCUACAGAUUUGAAGUCUGAUAUUGCAGGUAUUGUUGUUGUUUCUUUGUUUAUGCUAAUCAUUUGGAGACAAGUAGAGAGUAAGAAGCUAAAGAAAGUGGUGACAAGAAAAGCAGCAGGCAGAUGCUCCCAAUGCCCACCCUAUUGAAUUUCACUCACUUUUGCAGAUGCUCCCAAUUUUCCCUAUGUCUACUGCGGUGAUAUUUUCAGAGUUCAACUAAUGCAUUCUUUUAAUGAAUUAAAUUCCCACACGCUGAUGUAGACCUUUUAUUGAAUUUUGACUCCCUCAGCACCCCUGCUCCCUUUCUUAUUCUUGCUUUUUGCUCAAAUCAAAUAAGAGAUCCAUUCACAUUGUUCAAAAGUUUAGCAUAAUGUCCAAUUGGGGUUUUCCUUCAGAGAUUUUUUUAUUUUUUUAUUUUUUUAAAAAGAUCCUUAAAAGGUCUUUGUAUAAUGUAAGAAGAAGAGAGUAAAAUAUCUGUAACAUUCCGCUCGUGGUAAUUGAGACUCGAAUAGUAUUGUACUUCAUUUUUGAUAAAUUAUGUUCACAUUAUGAAAGAGACGUUAGAACUCGGGUAUUGUUUCAGCAUUACUAAUAGAGCUGUAUUUCCCUGCAAACUUCAAAAGUGCUGGCUCUCGAAACUCUAGGUCUCUGCUCUUGAACUCUUGCAGUGGGCAGAGAAGUGAGCCUGAUAUUCCAAGCACUAGGAUUAUAAGUUUCAGCGGAGUAGAGAUGCUCUUAGAAGAUACUGAUGUCAUUUGCAGCAUGACCAGAUGGAGGUGAAUAAUAUUUUGUGUAGGUUCCACUGGUCAGCACCUUGAAGGGGAGCCUUGGAUCGGUGGUAAAGUUGUCUACAUCUGACCUCAUUCGAGCUGUGGAAUCAACAAUGAGCUGUGUAGGUUCCGCUGGUCAGGUAGACCCUGCGUGAACAGGAUGCGUCAUGUACCGAGCUGCCUUUAUCUUCCGCUGGCUAGCACCUUCCUUGUAAUUAAGGGCCUUGCCACUAUUUCCUUGCUCCAUCUACUGUGACUCGAACCAGAAGCCAAUUCCUUCUUGCCAUGUCUUGCAAAAGGGUUCUUCUUCCA